AUGGCCGCCGACAGACAGCCUGAGAUUAUCUUGUAUGAUCUUGCAUGUAUCAAGAACACAUGCUUUUCCCCUGUCGUUUGGAAGAUUCGAUUGAUGCUCAACUACAAGGACAUUCCUUACAAGACGAUCUUCCUUGAAUUCCCCGAUAUUGAGCCAAAGCUCAAGGAGUUCGGCCUGGAGGCUCAUGAUUCUGGCUCUACUCGCUACACCGUCCCAACAAUCCACCAUGUCCCCACCGGCAAGUAUAUCAUGGACUCACCCGCCAUUGCCGAAUUUCUCGAAUCAACCUACCCAGACCCUCCAAUCCCCCUGACCUCUGAUCUCGGUCGCGAGAUUGAAACAAAAGCCCGCGGCGCUGUCGGUCCCGCAUUCCGCAUCUCCGUCACGCCACGCGAGAACCUCAUCCUGUCGCCACGAGCUCAAGAGUAUUUCCGAGCCAAGAAUGAAGCUCGAAUGGGAUGCAAGUUGGAAGACUUGAUGGACCCAGAGAAAGAGGAGAAGACCUGGCAAGCUGUUGCGGACAAGAUGAGUGAGCUGAGUGAUUUGAUGUUGACGAACAAGGAUAAAGGGCCGUUUUUGCUGGGCGAGAAGCCGAGCUACACUGAUUUCUUCAUCGCGGCUUCGCUCCAAUCGGCGAGAACUAUUGAUGAGGAGAUCUUUCAGCGUUGUGCUGUAUAUCCUGGUUUCAAGGCCAUCUACGAGGCUUGUAUGCCUUGGAUGGAGAAGAAGAAUUAA